GACAUAUUAGUAAAGGUAUUGGAACCGAGGUAGAACGGAACUUCCUGUUCUCGCGGGAGCUAGAGGUGGGACUGCCACGUCUAAGCAAACGGGAAAAGGAAAGGAUACUGGAGCCGGUGAGAAUUCCCCGCUUUACCCUACCGUCCGUUCUUUUCAGGCCUUUUUGCCCACUUAGUGGGUCAUAGAGACGAGGACCCAGAAGGCCCGUAAAACGGACGACCAAAGCCUAGAGCGGUGUCCAGGGGCCCUACAUCCGGGAGGGGGUUCGGGAUAAAGAGAACGAGUCCUGGGAACAAUGUGGGUGGGGACAGAAUGGGGAGCGGCCCAUAGAAGUGGACGGAGGGCGCGAGCGGAGUAAAGAGGACCCCACAUAGGUAUAGAGUUGAAGGUCAGGUGGAAUCACUCUCUGUCCCUCUGGUCAGCGUGAUGGCCAGAGGCCUGGAGGUCCCCCGCUGGGGGGCCGUGGAACUGCUGAUCUGGGCAGCCUUGGGGCUGCUAGUGGCCGGACACGGAGGUCAUGGCGACCUGCAAGAGGACCUGCACGAGGACUUUCAUGGACACAGCCACAGGCAGUCACAUGAGGAUUUCCACCAAGGACACAGCCAUGCCCAUGGCCAUGGCCACACUCAUGAGAGCAUCUGGCAUGGGCAUACCCACGGUCACGAACAUGGACAUUCACAUGAGGAUUUGCACCAUGGCCAUGGCCACUCCCAUGAGAGCCUCUAUCACAGGGGACAUGGACAUGACCAUGAGCACAGCCAUGGGGCUCCAGGCAUCAAGGAGGAAUUGGACACUGUCACUCUCUGGGCCUACGCACUGGGGGCCACAGUGCUGAUCUCUGCAGCUCCGUUUUUCGUUCUCUUCCUUAUCCCUGUGGAGUCAAACUCCCCCCGGCACCGUUCUCUACUCCAGAUCCUGCUCAGUUUUGCUUCAGGUGGACUGCUGGGAGAUCAUGGACACACUCAUGGUCACGCACAUGGAAGCCAUGGACAUGGAAGACAGGAGCAUCCUUCAAAGAAGAAGCAGAGCUCAGAGGAAGAAGAAAAGGAAGGAGGGGGAUCACAGAAGAGAAGACCAGGGAGUACAGGGCCCAAAGAUGGGCCAGUGAGACCUGAGAAUUCUGAAGAUGAAAAAAUAGGUUCAGAUCUGCGUGUGUCAGGGUACCUAAAUCUGGCUGCUGACCUGGCACACAACUUCACAGAUGGUCUGGCCAUUGGUGCUUCAUUUCGUGGGGGUCGGGGGCUAGGGAUCGUGACCACACUGACUGUCCUGCUACAUGAAGUGCCCCAUGAAGUCGGGGACUUUGCCAUCUUGGUCCAGUCUGGGUGCAGCAAAAAGCAGGCGAUGCGUCUACAACUACUCACGGCAGUAGGGGCACUGGCAGGCACAGCCUGUGCCCUCCUAACUGAAGGAGGAGCAGUGGGCAAUGAAAUUGCAGGUGGUACAGGUCCUGGCUGGGUUCUACCAUUCACUGCAGGUGGUUUUAUCUAUGUGGCAACAGUGUCGGUGCUGCCUGAGCUGUUGAGGGAGGCAUCACCACUGCAGUCACUUCUGGAGGUGCUUGGGCUGCUGGGAGGAGUUGUCAUGAUGGUGCUGAUUGCCCACCUCGAGUGAGAGGUGGGAUAAACUGCCCCCACCCCAGCCCUGAACCUCUAGCCUCUUAAGUCUCCCAGGUCAGGGGGCUGUGGAAUUUGGAGGCCCUGCCCAGAGACAUCUGCCAAAGAAGUUCUAUCCUAGGAAAGUGGUGACUUUGGCAUGAGGGCCAUGGCAGUCCUACAAGGGGCUGCAGAGGUGAGAAUGAGAGGCCAGAGGGGCCAUAGUGUUGAGCAUGUGCUGACCAUGUUUUUGGAUUUGCGGGGCUACAUGGGGCCAUAAAAAAGAGGAGGCGUGAUGGCAGCCUACCCCUGUCCCGCUACUCAACCUCUUCACGGAGGACCAAGCUACUACACAGGCUUCUUCAGGGUCGGUCUGACUCUUUCCCACCUGUUAUUGGAAGUUUCAGGAAAGACCAGAGCCCUGGACAGAGUGUAGCAGGAGGAGUCAGGGAUGAUCAAUUAAAUGUCAAUCGUGUGUCCUAAUUUGGAAGUGAUUGGGGGAUAAGGGGGGCUACUAAUCUCAUGGCCUGAUUUUUUUAUUUCUUUUUAUAUCACUGAAUGGAAGGGGAGGGGUGGUGACCGGAAAUAAAGUCUUUAAAUCUUCCACCUCA